UUCCUUGCAGGAGAGUGGUGAGGGAAGAUGGAGGAAAGGAAAACAUACUCACCAGGUGGGGUGUUCACUCACCUGGAAAUGCUGGAGAGACAGGCUCACCAGGCAGCCCUGAAGCAAGAGGAAGAGGAGCAGCAAGAAGAGAAGCUGGCCAGGCUGAAAGCCAGAGUGCAGGAGCUGAGACUCCAGAGGGAUCAGCUGCAGGCUAAAGUGGACCUGCAGCAAAAGGGGCAACCUGGGAAGGAAGGAGCUGUCUCAGAUCCAGCACAGCCCAGUGCUCGGGCUGUUGUAGAGUGGAAGGUAAAGAGCAUUGAGACCAUGCUGAAGCUCUUCUAUCUCACAGGGAUCAGCGGGAAGCGGACCAAGCGGGGGGUGUGUUUCUGUAUCAGCACGGCUUACGAGGGCACCUACUUGGAUUUCUACUACUUGGACCUGCUCACCAAGCCAGAAGUGCAGAUUCACCACCACUCCAUCCCCAUCUUCAUCCCCCUGGAGCAGAUUGCCAAGAAGUACUUGCAGACGGACAUCAGGCGCUUCUUGUCUGUCCUGUCUGACCACCUGAACGCUUACGUGGGGAGGAGGUACCAGGCAGACCAAUUACAGGAACACUUUUCAGACCAGAUCGUAGGAACCAUGCAGAGGAACUCCUUGUGUAACCUGCUCAUCUUUAAUUACAACGUGUCAAGUAAAAGCCAGACCUUUCUGUUCAAUGCGAGGCUGCUCUAUGGAGAUCCCUGUUGCAGCCUCCCCACUGAGGUCACUGUAUCUUCCACACCGGAUGCUCUCACGUUUCUGGCAGAGGUGGCAGCAGCUCACUCGGACCUGUUCCGCCGCCUGGCUCUGCACAAAGCCUUCCCCGCCCUCCGCAGCGCCGAGGGAAGCGCCCACCCAGCCCCCUGA